AUGGGGCCCGGCCGGGGGUCCGAGACCCAGAAGGGCUGGCUGUGUGUGAUCUACGGGGGUCCCGUCACUCCGCCUUCUGUGUGUGAAUUCAGGCGGGUGUGGUCCCUGAAGACCAGCGGAGGAGACGCUGGAGGCGAUCUCAGCCGCCUUCCUUGUAGAUGGAGGGGGCUGGGCGCUCGGUUCCCUCACCCCAGGAGCGGUGGGAGGGGCGGGGCAUUUGAAGCCCGCUGGCCCUUGAAGAGCACGUGCAGGUUCUCCUGGAGGGCGCUGAUGUUAGCACCACCCACAGAUGGUGGGGGAGGCCCCGGCCGAUUCGAGGAGCUGCGACCCGUUUUCCUUUUAGCUGAAAACCUGCAUUCUGGCCAUUUCUUCCAGGGAGCUCCCUAG